AUGGCUACCACUGCAGCAUUCCUAGCCCUCGCCGCUGUUGGUGUUGUGGCACAGAACGAGCCCAACGUCAACACUGCUACUGCCCCCAGCGCUGUUUACGCUGCCCAGGCCACUGCUGCCAACUAUGAGGGUCGCAGCCGAUACCAGCGUGGCAGAGUGUUUGACCGUUUCGUGGAGAUCUGGCUUGAGAACACCGACUACGACAAGGCAGCCGGUGACCCAAACCUCGCCUGGCUCGCUUCAAAGGGUAUCACGCUGUCCAACUACUUCGGCGUGACACACCCAUCUGAGCCUAAUUACGCUGCCGCUGUUGGUGGUGACAACUUCGGAAUGGACAACGACAACUUCAACCAGAUUGAAGACGAUGUUUUCACGGUGACCGACCUGCUCGAGGACAGGGGCAUCUCUUGGGGAUCAUACCAGGAGGACAUGCCAUACACUGGUUUUGAAGGUUUCGCCUGGGUGAACCAGAAGACUGGCGCCAACGACUAUGUCAGGAAGCACAACCCACCGGUCUUGUACAACUCCAACACCAGCCCCCGUCGCCUUUCUUACCAGAAGAACCUUACCGAGUUCUUCAGCGACCUCAAGGCCCAGAGACUCCCUCAGUGGAGCUUCAUCACCCCUAACAUGACCUCUGACGGCCAUGACACCUCCGUCACCGUCGCUGGUGCUUGGUCUCGCAACUUCCUCGAGCCACUCCUGUCCAACAGGUACUUCAUGGACCGCACCUUGGUCCUUUUGACCUUCGACGAGAACCACACCUACAACAUCGGCAACCGCGUCUACAGCAUCCUGCUCGGCGGCGCCGUCCCCGAGAACCUCCAAGGCACAACCGAUGACCAAUGGUACAACCACUACUCGGACAUCUCGACCGUCGAAGCCAACUGGGGCCUGCACACCCUCGGCCGCUGGGACGUCGGCGCUAACGUCUUCAAGCUCGUCGCCGAGCACACGGGCGACAUCUACCGGGGCUGGGACGCCGUGACCGGCAGCGACCCCAGCGUCUUCCUGAACAGCUCCUUCGCCGGCCCGUUCAACACUGGCUUCCAGAACGCCUCGUACCCGAUCCCCAACGUCCAGGCUCGCUCGCCACGUACAGGUCGUACGGUUCUGCCGGCUAUCCAGCGCCAGUAUGGUGGUGGGUGGUCGUGGAGGAGCCAGAACUCGAAGCAGGCGUACUAUAACACUGGUGUCCAGAUCCCUGAUGGCCAGCACCCUCCUAAGGGAUAUGCUGUUAACGAUGUGCAGAACUAG